AUGGCCUUCCCUGAGGAAGAGUUGGUAAGGCAGAAGAAGCAGGUCCUCCUGAGCGGCUACCCCUACGCUUACUCCUCUUCCUGGGCUCAACCCAUCACCGGAUGGUCUGCCGGAUGGGGAGGAUACUUCUUGUUCGCCCUGGUAGUGGCUUGCACCCUGGCAUUCCCCGCAGAGGAAGCUAAGGAAGCAAAGGAAGAAGCGAAGAUCCCGCUGAUCCUGAGCCCAUGGGGUGUGCACAUCGCAUCUCCUCUUAUCGCACCAUGGCACAGCUCCGGAGGCCUCGUCUUGGUUUAAUCAGAUGUCUCUUUUCUAUGUAUCUUAUAUAUCUAUAGGCAACACUAACACUUAUUUUACGCAUUAAAUACUAAUCCACAAUGUACAUAGUAUGUUUGAAUUGUGAAAUACAUAUAUUUUUUACUUAAAA